ACAAUAAUAAGCCGUAAAAGAGUGGGGAUCCUAUUUGUAACAUUUUAGCGGUCAGAGUACAAAUUUUACCGUCUAUAAGUUGGUUGAUCACUUAAGGAAUUGUUUACUUCGUUUGUGCUUUACUAAAGAUCAGUCGGAUUGUUUUGAAUGCUAUAAGUAUUUUCAGACAGAAGUGAUAGUGUACGAUGCCUACGUGCAAUGCCGAAAUAUUAUCGCGAGUGUCGUGGCCUAGUAAUGAAAGCAUUCAUGCCGGUAGUAGUUCUAGCGGUUCUGGAUUACCAAGUCCAGACUCACCAGGAUGCUUUUCACCCGGUACAACUUCUCCAGAUAGUUCACUAAAAAGAAGAAGGAUUCGAAGAACAUCGUCUUUGGGUAGUGUAAUACGGGAGCCAUUUGUUAUAAGAUCGGAUGCCAGGGACUUGAGAAGUCAAACUCCGGUGCCUCAAGAUAGUCCUAGAGAAGAAGAAAUCUAUACUUCCCUAGCUUCAAUAAUUGGCUGGUAUCCUAUGUUUCUUUUAAAAAUGGUUAACGUUAUUAUUUUGGCUAUACUCCCAAAAACCUGGAAGCAGCUUAUUCUCGCUUUACCAAUGCUAUGGGUAUCCAUGUGGUGGUGGUGUGUUACACAACUGAUUCAACUACCACUAAAUAUUUUCCGUUUAUUCUUGUCUAUCAUUUUUACUUCAAAAAUGCCUAGAAAACAAAAGAAACGUACAGUACUAAUAAGUGGAGGAAGCACGAUACAAGCUUUACAUCUUGCAAGAAACCUUUACUCAGCUGGAGCUAGGGUAGUUGUUUGUGAAAUACAGGGAGCAUUUGCUUUAACUCGCUAUUCUACAGCUGUUAGUAAAUUUUAUACUGUUCCGAAACCAACCAGUGAUCAACUACAAAAUUAUGUUAGAGCUUUAUGUGAAAUAGUUGAUAAGGAAGAAGCAGUUUAUUACAUACCGGUGAGUGCGACAACUCCCGCAUAUUAUGAUGCUGUUGCUAAGCCUCAUCUUGAACUCCUUGGAUGUAGUUGCUUUUGUCCAGGCAUAAAAGAAGUUUGGGUCCUGGAUGAUACCUUGGAAGUAUUAAAGAGAUGCGAAAAGUAUGGUAUAAUAACUCCAAACUAUUAUGUGGUUACUUCAAAGGAGGAUGUCUACAGGCUUUAUGACACCGGUACCAUUAGGCUGGGAAAUUAUGUAAUGUCAACAGCUGGACCCAGUGGCCUUAGAGAUAUGGCUAAAGUAACUCUGCCCCUCUCUAGAGCUGAAUUGGUGCUUCCAAAUGAUAUUACUCCUCAAAGACCUUGGGUAGUAGUCCAAGAUUUAGAAGGGGAUCAUUAUCUUACUUGUACCACAGUAAAAGAGUCUCAAGUCAUUGCCAAUGUGACUUGUAAACUCGACAAUAAAAUCCAUGGGUUAAUGCCUGUGGAUCAUCAUGAGAUUGAUCAAUGGUUAAUCAAUUUCUUUAGCAAAUUACAACUGCUUAGGCCUGUUACGGGUCAUGUAAGUUUUAGAUUUGUUGUCUCAAAGGAUACCAACACUAUUAAGCCUUUAAGCAGUCGGGUUGGAAUUUCGUUGCCUUAUAUUUGCUACACAAAUGUCCACCCUCGUCUAGUAUGGAGACCAUGCAAACAUUUUAAAAGGCAGAAUUCAGGUCCAUUGGUGAACAGUAAUGGGACAUAUAUAAUGCCUGAUGCAGUUCUAAACACUUUAAAAAACCCUUCUUUAGAGACAGUAACGGAGCUAAUCGGCACUGUUUUGGACAAACGGGAAGCUUUAUUCACCUACUGGGAUCCACUACCAUAUUGUGCAUAUUACCAUAUGCAGUUACCACUGAAAAAUAUGUUGGGAUUUAUGCGUAGCAAACAGGACCAGUUCCCCAGGCCUUUAACAACGCCGGUACGUUAAAAUAAAUAUGGCUUAGGAGAGAGAUAAAGACACGUUUAAGAUAAUACUAUUUAUAUAAAGGAGAUUUGAAGGGUUAUGAUCAAAUUGUAAAUAUUAGCUUAUAUUUUUGUAUAUUGAAAAUGUCCAAAAAUUGUUACUUUUAGUUUUAUGACAAAACAUAUUGUUAUCACAUAAUUUAUGGUAAUUAGCAAUAAUGUUCUUAUAAUAAUCUGAAUGGUAAUAAAUUUUCAACUUGGGACAAACAAACAUGAUAUUGUUGCUAUGUAACUAUCAAAUUUUUUAAUUAUGGAAUAUUGCAGUUGGUCUUAUUUAUUUUUAUUUAAAUGUUAUUGAUAAUUAAAUAUUUUUAAUCAUUAAGGAUGUACUUAAUCGAAAAAAUGUCUGUACAUCGAGAAGUUUCAUUGUAUCAAUGCCUUUAAAUUUCUACAUAAUAAGACAAAUAAAUUAUUGACAAAAUAUUAAUAAAGAUAUUUUUCUUGA